AGGAGGCCCAGGAGGGCCCGGGGGUGGCGGAGGGCCGGGGGGCGGCCCCGGAGGUGGAGGCGCGGGUGCCGGUGGCCCUGGCACUGGCGGCGGCGGGGGCAGCCAGCAGAGGAAUCCGGGUGGCGGGGGCGGCUCCAACCAGGGGUGUCCCCUGCACGCCAAGGGUUCGGGUUCCAGGAAGGAUAGGAGAAAUAGAAAGAAUGCCAAGUGCACUUGCACCAAGCCACCCACGUUACCUUCGGAUAUGCCACCUGUUGAGGAGAUAGAUGAGGAGGGAGAGUUAUCAGUGUUUGAAGAUCCUGUUCCAGCAGAAGAUCCAGUGAAUGAAUUUGAUCCAGACCCUUACAUAGAUCCUGAUAGGAAAGGAACAAAGACUGGUGUGUGUGAUCCUAGUCUUUACUCGGCAGCUGAAUCAGGGAAACUCUUUGAUCGGAUACCAGAAGGAGAUCGAAUUAAAAAGACUGACCAAGAAACUAAACGAGAACCGCCUAACCAAAGCCAAGGCCAACAAAAUACCAAUAAUAAAGGCUCUCGCUCAGGUGGCAAGAAAAAUAAAGGAAAUCAAAAUACGGACAGUCAGAAUAAUUCUCAUGACCAACAGUCCCAAAACCAACAAAAACAGCGGAAUCAACCAAAAGGUCAACAAAACCAAGGUCAUGAACAACAGAAUCAUGAUCAUCAAGGCCGUCAGAAUCAGAACAAUGAUCAACAAGGGCGGCAGAAUCAAGGUCAUGACCACCAAGGCCGUCAAAACCAAAGCAAUGAUCACUCAGGACGUCAAAACCAGAGUCAUGAUCAACAAGGUCGACAGAACCAAGGUCGAGAACAUCAGGGACGUCAGAACCAAGGCCGAGAGCAGCAAUCAGGAAAUCAACGCAAUCAACAAGGAAACAAGAGAAAUCAACAAGGAGGAAACAGACAUCAGUCCCAUGACCAGAGCCAUGUUCGCAUUGACAGCAUGACAGUGCGCAACCGGAACACAUGGAAGCAGGGGAAAAAUAACGGGAGCAGUACAAAUACUGUAAUUGACAAUAAGCGGAGUAGUAUAUCGGAUUCUGGUGAGUCUCUUGAACUUCCAUAUAAGAUUAAAACAAUUGACAGUACAGGAAGUAAAUCUCCAGCCUCGAGUAAUUACAGUGGAGUUGUAGACUAUAAACAGCUACCGUUGUUCUCAAAAUAUUCUCAUGAGCCGCCACCAGCCUGUCCUCCCCCACCAAUCAGGAUGUGGGAAACAUCGUUCAGCGAAGUGGUUGCUCGGGGAGAGCACACCUACUCUACAGUAACCCGUAUUGGCACCAAAGCAGGCCCUGGAUCUGGAGCUGGAAUGAACAUUAAGACCGACAGCCCUUUAGUUUUAUCAUGUAACCCAGGCAAAGAUAUUGUGCCCAAGUCCAAUUCGUCUGAAAAUGUAUCUAAUAGAUCUGUGGACUCGAGGAAGCUUCCUGUGUUGCCUUUUGGAAUGAGGGAUAAUGUUUUCAAGGCACCUUGUUCACCACAUGAUGGAGCUCAUCAGUCCCCUGAACAAAAGAAGGAAUUGGGUCCUAUUGGCCCCCGCAAAAAACAAUCUGGACAAAACACUGCUAUUAUAGCUCCAUGGACAGAAAACGGAGCUUCAAGCUUGGCACCUCAGCCCUCUUCCCCUCCUGUAGCCUCAUCAAUAUAUCUUUGUGAGGGCCUUCGUGAAGGUCUUCGAGAUGGUGGACUCAGCAGGGAAGAUCUCAGAGAAGGUCGUAGAGAAGGUCUGAGAGACGGUAUUAGAGAGGGUUUAAGAGAUGGUCUAAGAGACAAUCUCAGAGAGGGACUUCGAGAUCAAUUUGAGCCAUACUCAACACCUGCACUGGAUGCCAGAAAAGAAGACCAAUAUACACGAUAUCAAGUGGACAACCAUUCUUCAUCUAGUGUGGCCAAUGAGUAUUCAACCAACCAGCCAGCACAAUAUGACCCCACUUAUGAACACUAUCAUGAGGGUCAAGGCCAUUACAGAGAUGGAAGAAUGCCACAGCAAGUGAGCCAGUAUGAAUCUCGGCCUCCCUUGUAUGUAGGUCCUUCGUCAUAUAACAUGAACCGAGUUCUUGGUCACCACGCUGAUCAUGCAAUGGAACAUGCCUUAGACCUCAAUGGUGAUCUUGCUCAAGACACUGGUGUAGAGCAGCAUGUUGAGCAAGGGUUCGAUCAAACAUACGACCAAUCCUACGACCAAACUUAUGACCAAUAUGAUCAAACAGCAUUGAAGCAACAGGCAUCUCAGCAGCUGAUGGAUGGACAACAUCAGAUGGAUAUCCUGAUGCAACAAUUCCAGCACCAAUCAAUCCAAUCUCAUCCCUCGUAUUCUCAAGUUCAUCCUCUGCAAAUGCAACAGCAACGACAAAUCUCACAAACUCAUCUUCAGCAACAAGUUCCAAUGCAUGUAUAUCAACAGCAACAACUUGCAAAUCAAGGCCAGGCUGUAGUCUUGAUUAAUAACCAAAGAAGUAUGAUAGGAGAUGCGGGCCAUGCCGGCAUGUACAUUCCAGGCCAUGUGUGGCUAGAACAGCAAACUGCCCAAACUCAACAGCUACCUUUGUCACAGCAGCCACAACUUCCCCAUCAAAUCGCACAAAUACCUCAGAACAUGACGCAUCACAUACCCCAGUCGUUGCCUCAGCAUUCUCCUAAACCAAUACCAAUGCCUCAGCAGUAUUCUCAGCAUCAAUACUCUCAGCCGCCAACCGUGUCACCACAGGCACAAUCUUUGGCUCAGCAAAUGCAACAGUUUCAUAUCCAACAACAGCAGCAACAACAGCUUCAGCAAACUCAGCAGCAGCUUCAGCAAACUCAGCAGCAGCAGCAGCAGCUCUCUCAACCUCAGACCCAACAGCUUCAUCAGAUGCAACCAUCACCAUCGACGCAGCAGCUAGCUCAGCAGCAGCAGCAGCAACAACAACAGCAGCAGCUUCGCCUACUCCAAGAGGAACGUGAGCGUGAACUCGAGAGAGAGCGAGAGAGGGAGCGUGAGCGCAGGUCCAGCUCCUCAAGAGGCACUCUAGAGGAGGAAAAUCAGGCAGGCAGGUUUGGAGACGGUUGGCAGCGCGUGGGCUCUCCCUGGGAGCACAACAAGGUCCCGGCCCCGGUGGCCAGCGCCCCCGUCCCCGCUGCGCCGUCGCGCGCGCCCGGUCACCCGACGACCCCCAUCCCCAUUACGGGCCCGUCGAAGGCCGGGCCCGAUGCCCCGAGGGACUCGAACGGGGAGGCGAGCUCUGCGCGCAGCGGCUCCGGGUCCGUGUGGGGCGCCGUGGGCGAGUCGUGGUCCUCGGAGGCGUCGGCGGGGACCCCCGCGCCUCCCGGGGCUCCCGGAAGCGGCAGGGCGGCCGCCACCGCCAGGGCGUCCUCGGCCACGCCCAGCUCGGCGGCCGGGACCGCACCCGGGCCCCUCGCCGCCAGCACGCCGUCGAGCGUGAGCACGCCCACGAGCAUUGGCGCCUCCGCGGGGACCCCCGUGGGCACCCCUGUGGGCACCCCGGUGGGCACCCCCAGCACGACGUGCUUGUCCACGACCUCCUCCAGCAUCUGGUCCAGUGAUUCCCUGAUGGGCAUCAGCCGACCCUAUGCCCGGGAACGCACCAACUCCAGCGGCCAGAAUGUCAACCAGUGCCACGAAGAAAACACAUUUGAUCCAUUCCGCUCUCGCACCAUCAGCAACAUUUGGAGCUCACAAGCGAAUGGGAAAUAAUUUUGUAGCAGAGAUGGGCCGAGGUCGCCAAGCACAGAAGGAUUUUG